GGUUGGCUGCUACUCCACCAACCCGACCGAGUCUCUGUAGGAUUCUAACUCGUUUUCUUUCCGGUUUUUUGAAAUUUUGAAGCUUUCCAGACGGCCAUUUCCACCAACGUUCGUGGGGUCCACCCCACUCCACCCACUCCUCUCUCUCUCUAGAUCCCAACUUCCAAAUCUCUCUCUCUCUCUCUCUCUCUCUCUCUCUCUCUCUCUCUCCAGAUCCCAACUUACAAAUCUACCCAUCUGAAAAUCCGUUACUCGUUCGUUCUUCUUCAAUCCCAUUUCGUCAUUUGAUUUCAGAAAUUCAAAGCAGAUAGAAAGAGAAAGAGUGCGUGUGUUUGAGAAAGAGGGGAGAUGAUUAACUGGGAGCUAAAGAACUGCUGCGACCGCGAGCAGGUCAUAUUCCUGACUACGAUCGGCGUCUUCACGGUUGUAAUCCUUGCAUUGUGGAGGACGGUAUUGUUGACACCUUUCAAGCUCAUCACUGUAUUUCUUCACGAAACAAGCCAUGCUCUUGCUUGCAAACUAACCUGUGGUCAGGUGGAGGGGAUCCAAGUUCAUGCCAAUGAGGGUGGAGUCACACAGACUCGUGGCGGUAUUUAUUGGGUGAUUUUGCCUGCUGGAUAUCUUGGUUCUUCAUUUUGGGGAAUGGUUUUUAUUCUUGCAUCCACAAAUCUUCUCACUGCAAGAAUUGCUGCUGGAUGUUUUGGCGUUGCAUUGCUUAUUGUCCUCUUUGUGGCCAAAAACUGGUUGCUUCGAGGACUUUGUAUUGGAUUUAUUAUAUUCCUUGCAAUAAUUUGGCUAUUGCAAGAAACUACAAAGGUCCGUAUACUCCGGUAUAUCAUUCUAUUCAUAGGUGUAAUGAACAGCUUGUUUUCAGUUUACGAUAUCUAUGAUGACCUAAUUUCUCGAAGGGUCCACUCAAGUGAUGCUGAGAAGUUUGCGGAAGUUUGUCCUUGCCCUUGUAAUGGUGUUGCAUGGGGAGUCAUUUGGGGAUUUAUAUCGCUUGUGUUUCUAUGUGCGUCCAUGUACCUUGGUCUUGUCAUCUUAUCCUGAGGAAUUUGGAGUUUGGAUUCUCAGGACGACGGAUGUAACUCUACUUCCAUUUUUUUUGUAAAUCAUUGAUGAAAUCUAGGCAGAAGCAUUCUUGGUUUUUAUUGUGUAAUUUGUUUUCCAACCAAUUGGUUAACAUUUCCGUCAUAGUUCCAAAUUCCAAGUAGCAAAUCUAUGUUUACUUAGUUUCAACUGAACUCGGAAAUUAAUAAAAACUCUUUUGCCGCUUUGCUAGAUUGAA